GUGCCACAGACAAGGAUAGGAAGAGUGCGUGUGUUUUAUUUUAUCUUUGAAAUUUAUAGCUUUCUAUAAAACUCUGAAGUGAUGGACCACGUAAAAGUGCAACUGUUCCUGCUGAUCGUUCUGGCAUUAGGCAUAACAAACCCAAUGGCUGAAGGAUGUAGCUGUAUACAUGCACAUUUUCAAGAACUUUUCUGCCAUUCUGAAAUAGUGAUCCGUGCUAAGAUAAUCGGAGAGAAGAUUAUAUCUCCGAGCUUACAUGGAGAAAAGAUGAUUGAGUACAAAAUUAAGCUGAUCAAGAUGUUCAAGGGCUUUGACAAAGUUGAUACUAUUCAGUACAUCUACACUUCAAUCCAUGAAUCUCUGUGUGGUAUUAAGCUGGAUGCCAAAAACAGGGGUCAAUAUUUGCUUUCAGGAUAUUUGUGGCAUGAAGGAAAAGUUUUAGUCGAACUAUGUGGCAUUGAAGAGCGUUGGGAUAAUCUCUCCUUGGCUCAGAAAAAGAACCUCAAGUACCGAUACCAAAAAGGAUGCGAGUGCAAAAUAUCCACCUGUUCCAAACACCACUGCCGUGCCAAUGCAAAUGAAUGUGUGUGGUUUCCGUAUAACCGCCAACAUCUCCAGAGUGUGUGCAUCAAACGGACCAAUGGCACAUGCAACUGGUACAUAGACAAGUCUGACUCACAUACACAGCUCAAUGUCAGGCAAAAUGGUAUGAGAGAGACUUCUGGCAUCCUAGAGGUCAGAGAACCCAAACCCACAGAAACAUUGCAAUGAGUGUUGACUAUUUAAUGGCUGUAGAUAAACUACAACCAUUAAUCCCCAUCAAUCUUCCGGACCUUAACCAUUCAUAACGUUUCGUACAUGGCUAAGGUGGAUUCUUUAAAAUAAAUUUGCCCAAAUGUCACACUGUCUUUGUAUUCAAGUAGAAUAUAAUAAUUAAUGCAAGUGAAGUUUCAUAAAUGACCCUUUGAAUCUCUAAGCAGAUAAAAGGAGAACUUACCCAUGAGGCAUUGCAAUCUAAACAGUUUCCUUAACUGUUUACAGGUGAUCGCAGGAGAAAUAGAAUACUUCAGAUUUCAAAAAUGUAACUUUAUUCUAUAAGAUAAUAAGUUAUUAAGCUACUGUAACUUUACAUCAUACAAAGAAAACAAACUGUAUGAAACAAGAAAAACUCAUCAUUCACUUUCUUGAUAUCAAGCACAUUUCUUUUGAAAAAAAAAAAAGGACACUCGUGCGAUAAAGACCCUACAUAAGAUACAUAGAUAAGAUAUGUGAACUCUAUUUGAACACAAAGCUUGUGGCUUAAUACAGUAUACGUACUGUAUGCUCCAACCUCGCCAAUCGAAAAUUUUCAGAACGCAGCACUUUUUUUUUUUUUUACUUCUUGUAUUGUAGUGUCUCUUACCGGUCUAUAAAAUGGAAAGUUACACUGUUUCAUUUGAAACGUUUUGCUAAUUAUUUACACUAAUAAUCAUUUCUACGUACAUAUAGCACGGUAUAGAAUUAUUCCACCCUUCUACAGAAAGGGCAAAAAAUUACUCAUCCGAAUAAUCAUUAGGGACAAUUAUUUGAAUUUUCCACAGAAACUACUUACUUUAUAAAGUACUUACUGAUAUAAUUUCAGCUAUUACGUAAAGUAGGGACUACGUCAACAUAUUUAUAAAGGCUUUUGUUAUUUCUUUAUGCUGUGGGAAUGUGUUUGAAUGCUUAUACAAUUUAAGUGUGUGGCAUUCCAGUCUUACUUCUAAUUCAUUGGAAAGAUAUUUAAUCAAAUCUUCAGACUGUCUGAUUUUACUCAAACUGAAACACUUAAUAUACAUAACAACAACAAUAUAAAUAUGUUUUUCAAACUUAAAAAAACAAACAAACAAAAAAACAACCCACACACACCCCAAAAAAUGUUUCCCUAGCUCUGGUAGCUCAUUGCAAGGACUAUUUCGUCUGUACACCGCUCUAGAUGUCUAUUGAACAGUAUAUAUUUUACCUGUGUUACUACAGUACUGAUGUACCUACAUGUUUUUUAUUUUUUAUUUCUCUUACUGUAGAAAAAAGAAAUAUAUUCUAUUUAACUGUGCCAAGAAUGUUCAGUAUAUCAUUAAAAAUCAGCCUGAUUUGUGUCUGA